CACGAUGCCUCUGCCUUUGCUGCUUCAUUACGAAAUGAGAUGUUAAAAGCACAACAAAGGUGAGUGUUAGCACUGAGGGUGAUCUGUCACAGGGAUUUUACAGAGCACAGCACCAUGUCCUGUCCUGCCAGCUGCUAAAUCCAGCCAGGUUCCAUCCAGCCCUGGAGCCCCAGGAGAGGGUUCUGGCUUUCCCUUCCUUUGGGCUCAGCCUGUACCCUCCCGUUUCUUUCCCCGUGUAUGGGGCUGAGUGACAAUUUCUGGGUUAUUCUGUGUCCUGCAAACACCUACACACAUCUCAAGUCCAGUGUGGCAGGGGGCUGUCGCUGUCCCCAGGGCUCUGGUAGCCCCCCAGGUAUGGCCAUGACUCACGUGGCUGUGGGGUCUGGCCCCACAGUGAUGUCCUGCCUGUCUGGUGAUGCUGACACCUGAAUUACCACCCCCCCCCAGGGGCUGUGAGUCCUCUGCUUUGCCUUCUGGCAGGUGGGAUUACAGGAGAGCUUGCUUGAGGGUUUUCCUGGAGCCCUCAUGUGAUGGGGAGUGAUUCACCCCAAGAAGAGGAAUUUCCCGCUGGGGAAUAAGUGGAAAAGACACAGAUAAAAAGAGUAAGAGGAACCAAAAGUGCUCGGGACAGACUCAGAGAGCAUCAUGUCAGGCCUGGCUUGGUGGGCACAGAGGUGCAGGACCUCAGGUUCCUCCUUGAAGAAUCAUCUUAAAUGCUUUAAGUGGAAGAUUUCUGCUGUUUUCCCUGACUCGUCCUUCCUGCUAAAGGCCAAGGGCUUCCACAAACUUGCAGCCUGGUCAGAGCACCAGCAGCAGAUGCCUUCCUGCCCUGGGUUUAUUCCCCAGUCUUCAGCAGGUCAGCUGCUGUCCUAUCACUCUGCCAUCAGCUCCUGAGUCAGAUCUGGCAGCCACUGAACUCAAAGAGUCCUGAGAUGAAGCACAGCCCAUCCCACACAAAGCCACAGCUUGUGUUUUGUGUAAAAUAAUGACAACUAAAAGCAACAGGACCAAAAAUGAGGGAAGAGGGAGCUUUGUGGAAAAGGCACCACGGGGCUGGUCCUGUGGGUGAGGCGGUUCAGAGGCUUGGGAGAAGGGGUUAGCGAUUUAAGGGAAAAUGAAACAGGCUGAGGAGAACUGAGAGUUCUGCAGAAGGCUGGGAUGGUGCGUGGCACAGGCACCCUGGGGGACUCGGUCUGGCACCUGAGCUGCUGCACGGUGGGCAGUGUGACCUGUGGGUGAUGUGGCUGACCCUGAAAUAUCUCCUGGUGGACACAGCACAGAGAAACCCGGGCCAUGGACGGCUGGGUCUGUGCUUCCCUAGCCGGUGUCCCUCGGGAAGUUUUCCCAGGGUGACAGAGGGGUCAGGCAGGGAUGCUGCACUGUUCAGUGCAGGGCUGGGGCCGGAGGGCUGGGUCUGCACAGUCCUGCCGCAGGACAGGAGCAGAGUGAUCCUCUUCCCUCCCCAAUUCCCUCGUGCCUGGAGGUUGGAGCGGAGCGCGGAGGAGCCGCCGGGCUCUCCUGGGCUGGUGGAGCCAGCUCUGGCUGUGGGUGCUAUUAUCACCUCUGUGCUAGCUGGGAGGGCAGGAGGGUGCUGCAGGGCUCACAGCAGCAGUUACCAGCAGGCAAGGGUGAGGAUUUCACCUGGGAGGUGUUGUGCUCGCUGACAUUUACCAUCAGGCUGCUGGGGUCAGGCCGGACACACUGUUCUCUGUGACUUGUUUUCUGUAGGUGGCUUUGUAGAAACGCCAGCAAGUAGUGAAUGAUUCCUGGAGUUGUCACCUGGAGCUGCUUUCUGAAAAUCCCUUUUGAAGAGGAUGUGGCAGCUCCUGUGGACAUGGCUGGCUGGCUCAGGGCUGGCUGGGGAUGCAGCUCAGUGCUUGGCCAGCCCCAGUACCCAGCAGGCUCAGCCUGCAGAGGCACGGAGGAACCACAAAGAGCAAACAAAAAACCCCCAAACCCACUUCUGCCUGUGAAAACUGCAGAGGAGCGUGCUGUGGAGUGAGGGCUGGCUCAGAAACCCCCCAUGGAAGAUGGGAUUCCCAGAACAGGAGGAAACAGUGGGAUCUAGCACAGGCUUUGCAGCAGGGUUUCUCCAAGCUUGGAUGUCCCUGCUUGUCUCGUCCUUCCGACGAGCAGGUGUGGGUGGGGAGCUGGAUGAAUAAGGGACUUACUCUAUGAAUAAUGCCAGGAGAAAUGUGUGGCAGUGAGGGUCGUGGGUCUGGAUAUCAGAGAGCACACAAUGCAGCUGGGCCUUUUUCUUUAAUCUGGUUAUUUCUAUCUGUUUCCACCUGAGUUCUUGGUUAAGCAAAGCAUCCCCAGCUUGUGCCUGAAGGGCAGGCAGGAGGCUGCUGCUGGCUGCUGGCAAAAGGAUCACUUCAUUAGUAAAGGAGUGAAAAGGCCUCUAGAGAAACUAGAGGGAAACUGCAUUUCAUUUCCCUCGGAACAGGGAAUUCUUGACUUAUGGGUCACACCAGAGAGGUUUUCCUGGGGUUGGGCAUGGCUGUGCAUCCCCUCCUCUCCCAUCCUCAGCUGGCACGCUUAGCCCUUGGCUGGACUGGAGAGGUUGUGGGUGAAUGUCUGGUGGGCACAGAGUGAAGAAGGGGGGAAUUGGGUGGGCAGGCAGCCAGGAGAGCAGCAAAGAACUCCUGGAGACCAGGGAGAUCAGGAUACCACCAUCCCCUGGGGCCAGGGGAGAUCUCACCUGCUGCCAGACUCCCGCCCCUCUGGCCACGGGCAGGGUCCCACUCCCACUGCCGGGGCGGCCGGCACAGGGGCAGGUGUUUUGCAUGUUGUGCCCGGAGCAGUUGGGAAACCGGCAGCGGUGGAGCCGGGCGGCAGGUCCGACUGGUUUCCCUCCGCGCUGGCACUGACGUACGAGCCGCUCUCCAAACAGCUCCUGCCCCGUCCCCGGCACCCGGCUGUGCUCGGCCCCGCGCUGCGCGGGAUGGCCGUGCCGGAGCUGUGAGCCCAGCCCAGCCCGCAGCGGCCCAUGGACGGCAAAACCCCUCCGACCACUGCAUCACUGGGCAGUGUCCCCUCCAGCCUCCAUGCCUCCACGGUCAGCAGCAUCUUCGGCGCCCGACCCCCGCAGCCCCAGGAGAGCGUCCUCGGCAUCAGCUUCAAACCCUACAGCCCCGAGGCCAGCCCGGCCCCCACGCCCUGCACGGCCUGGGAGAGCACACGAUCCUCCAUGUUCAGAGCUCCCUGCAUGAGCCAGCGGCGGCUUGUGCUCAUCUUCUGCGUCUCCGUCCUCAUCGUGCUGCUCAUCGCCCUCAUCCUGCUGUUUAUGUUCUGGCGGUCGCAGACGGGCAUCGUGUACAAGGAGCCGGCCGAGAGCUGCAAGGACAGCGCCGUGCGCUGCGACGGCGUCGUCGACUGCUCCCAGCGCAGCGACGAGCUGGGCUGUGUGCGCUUCACAUCCGAGGAGUCCUUGCUCCACGUCUACUCCAGCACCGAGAGCCAGUGGCUGCCGGUGUGCAGCAGCGCCUGGGACGAGUCCUUCUCCAGGAAGACCUGCCGGCAGCUGGGGUUUCAGAAUGCAUCUCAGACCGAAUACAUCCCCCUGCGUGUCUCUGGCAAGAGCCUCACGGUGACUGACGAGCGAGAGACCAUCCAGCAGAGCCUCAACAGCUCACAGUGUCUCACGGGAAAGUACGUCUCCCUCCGAUGCACAACCUGUGGGCAGAGGAUUUCUGGCCGGAUCAUCGGGGGAAAGGAGACCUCUGUGAACAAGUGGCCGUGGCAGGUCAGCGUGCAGUACGGGCCCAUCCACAUCUGCGGCGGCACCAUCAUCGACGCGCAGUGGGUGCUCACGGCAGCCCACUGCUUCUUCAUGAACAGCAUGAAGAUCCUGGACGACUGGAAGGUGUACGGGGGGGUGUCGGACCUGAAGCAGCCCAUGGAGGGCAUCCCUGUGUCCCAGGUCAUCAUCAACUCCAACUACAGCGACGACCACGACGACUACGACAUCGCCCUCAUGAAGCUCUCCAGGCCACUGACGCUCUCAGCCCAUGUUCGCCCAGCCUGCCUCCCCACGUACGGCCAGCGAUUCCAGACCGGCAGGUCCUGCUUCAUCACGGGCUUUGGGAAGACCAGGGAGAAUGAAGAUAACACGUCCCCGAAGCUGCGGGAGGCCGAGGUGAAGCUCAUCGACUACAAGAUCUGCAACAGCGACAAGGUGUACGAGGGCUACCUGACCCCCAGGAUGAUGUGUGCCGGGUACCUGCAGGGAGGCAAAGACGCCUGUCAGGGUGACAGCGGAGGGCCCCUGGUCUGCGAGGACAAUGGCCGCUGGUAUGUGGCUGGGGUGACGAGCUGGGGAACAGGAUGUGGCCAGAAGAACAAGCCUGGAGUUUACACCCGGGUGACAAAGCUCCUCAGCUGGAUAUACAGCAAAAUGGAGAGCGAGAACGACUAAAACCAGGAUGGACACUUGCCUGGGCUGUACCUCUCCAGCUGGCACAGGCCACUGCCCCGGGCUGCUGCCAGGGCAUGAUGCUACCAGCCCAUCCCACACCUCUCUGGACUGUCUGUGCAGCCAGGGACCUGUCGCUGCCCCCGAACUCUGAAAACACGGCGCCUGUGAAGUGACUCUGCCCUCUCCUUGUGCCAGGGGGUGACCUGGUGGCAGCUGGGCACAGCACCCAGCCAGCCCCAGGGGGACACAGCCCAUGCUGGCAGCUGGCCGUGCUGGCUGGGGGCACCUCCUCACCCCAUGUCUGUGGUUCUCCUGUAAAUAGACCUGUCUGGACGGGGUGUCACGAGUGCUUCCUGGCAGGACUGUGGCACCCUCAGCGGGCGAGGUGCCUGCAGUGGCAGUGGGGUGCCCACGUUGAGGGAACACUCCUCGUGCCAGAUCACAGCUGUGCCACCUUGGGGUGCGGGAUGGGGCAGCUGUGCCCACCCUGCCCACACCUACGGCUUUCCCACGGAGGGGAGCCCCGAGGUGCAGUUAUUCCACCCUCCGGGAGGAGCGGCCGGUGCUCUCGUGUUUGUGGAUAGAUUUAGGAAGUGCCUGAUGUUCCUCCCUGUGAGAGAAAUACCUGUUUGUUUAUUUUUCCUUGCCGUGGAUCUGGUCUGAGCCAGAGCUCCCCCCAGGACCGCAGCCAGCCUCGGUCCCCACCCUGCUCUGGGGAGGACUUGGCAACAGAGUGGGGCAGGUCUGAGCUCCGGGGGUGGCUGCAGGAGGUGUGACCAAAGCCAGCAGCAGCAGCCAAAGGCCAAGCUGGAGUGUGAUGCAGAGCAGCCACCCUCCCGGGCAGCACCCAGCGUGAGCCAGCCCUGGAUUCCCCUGCUGUGAGCUCAGUGGCCGUGCUGGAUUGCUGCCUCCGGCUCCCAGCACGCAGGGAUGGCCCAGCCAGCCUCACCCCCCUGGCCACGCUGGAGCAGGGACACCUUUCCCUCAAGGAAACUGGUGCCUGCAUCUCCUUGUGGAUGCUGGGGGCACACGAGGCGCCGUGGGAGAUCCCCAUGGUGAGCAGGGCUGGCUGCUCCUCUCCCCAGCCACAUGUUCAGCUGCAGAAGGGUCCUGGAUUGCCUGGCCACCCUGCACUCUUCUAAUAAAUGUUUUAGUAGUGUUC